UUUUUCAAAACUUGUGUACUAUCACUUAAUUCUCAUUCUCAACCAACCAUGACAACCGACAUAGAGAGCCUCUGGGUCUUUGCUCUUGCCUCCAAAUGCAGAGCUUUCACUCAAGAAAACUUUGCAUGCUCACUUUUGAUCAUGUUUUUAGCUUGGUUAGCCAUGGCCCUCUUCUACUGGGUUCACUCUGGUGGUCCAGCUUGGGGAAAAUAUAGGUUUAAAAGAGGUUCAUCUUUUGGUACGGCCAAGUCAAUUCCUGGUCCUAGAGGAUUGCCUGUAAUUGGCAGCAUGCACCUCAUGAUGUCACUGGCACACCACCGAAUUGCUGCUGUAGCUGAAGCAUGCAAGGCUAAGCGGCUCAUGGCCUUUAGUCUGGGUGAUACUCGCGUAAUAGUAACGUGUAAUCCAGAUGUAGCAAAAGAAAUACUCAACAGUUCAGUGUUUGCUGAUCGUCCUGUGAAAGAGUCUGCUUAUAGUUUAAUGUUCAAUAGAGCAAUUGGGUUCGCUCCUUAUGGUGUGUACUGGAGAACCUUAAGGAGAAUCGCUGCUACUCACUUUUUCUGCCCAAAACAAAUCAAAGGAGCUGAGAUUCAGAGACGUGUAAUAGCUUCUCAGAUGGUUACCGUGUUUGGUGAACAGAAACAAGGUUGUUUUUGCGUACGUGAAGUACUUAAACGAGCUUCACUAAGCAAUAUGAUGUGUUCAGUUUUUGGACGAGAAUAUGAAUUAAAUUCGUUGAAUAACGAAGUGAAACAACUACGAGAAUUAGUAGAUGAAGGGUACGAGUUACUAGGCACUCUAAAUUGGACCGACCACCUUCCUUGGUUAGCUGAUUUUGACCCUCAAAAAAUCCGGUUUAGAUGCUCAAAACUUGUACCCAAAGUGAACCGGUUCGUUAGCCGAAUUAUUGCUGAACACAGAGCUCAAAAAAGCCAAAACAACCUGGAUUUUGUCGAUGUUUUACUGUGUCUUCAAGGCUCAGAUAAAUUGUCAGACUCCGAUAUGAUCGCCGUUCUUUGGGAAAUGAUAUUUAGAGGCACCGAUACAGUGGCGGUUUUGAUCGAGUGGAUAUUAGCAAGGAUGGUGCUUCAUCCUGAUGUUCAAUCAAGGGUGCAUGAUGAGCUUGACAAGGUCGUUGGCAGAUCACGUGCAGUUUCCGAAUCUGAUAUUGGUGAGUUAAAUUAUCUAACGGCUGUGAUUAAGGAAGUAUUGAGGUUACAUCCUCCUGGGCCACUUCUCUCGUGGGCCCGUUUGGCCAUUACUGAUACAACUAUCGAUGGGUAUCACGUGCCUGAAGGGACCACAGCAAUGGUGAACAUGUGGGCCAUAUCUAGGGACCCACACGUGUGGAUGGACCCUCUUGAAUUUAUGCCUGAUAGAUUUGUGGCUAAAGAGGGUGAGGUGGAAUUUUCUGUUCUGGGAUCAGAUCUAAGGCUGGCUCCUUUCGGGUCAGGUAGACGGGUUUGCCCUGGAAAGAACCUGGGAAUGACUACGGUAAGCUUCUGGGUAGCGUCAUUAUUGCAGGAAUAUGAAUGGUUAGCUUUUGAUGAGAAAAGUGUUGACCUAUCAGAGGUACUAAGGCUUUCUUGUGAGAUGGCGAAUCCUUUAACAGUUAAGGUGCGCCCAAGGCGUAAUAUGGAAACCUAAAAACGACGUAGUAGUUUGUUUGUGCCGUUUAUGCAAUAUUAUUAAAUAUUCAUGUUUGUCUCUGGUCUGUCUCUCCUUCGGGGGUCACUGGGUCAGGCUUUUUAUUCUUAUAGUUGAACUUGAGUUUUAAGGUGUCUCUUGAAUGCUGUAAAUACCAUCA